AUGUCUGAAACCACAUCUAGGAAAGAGACGGCGAUGGAAGAGGCUUCUACGAACUCGUGUGGCUACCAGUGGAUACCGAAUCCCACGGAAAGAAAUCCUGCCUCCGAGUCUACUUCGCCCGAACUCUCUGACAACGAUUCCGAUUCCGAUUCCGAUUCCCGAUCCUCCGGCGCUGGAACUUCCUUCGCCCAUACCAUUCCGUCCAGUACACAGGAGGAAGAGACGCGCAUGAGUCAAGAAGUGGGCAGCAGCAAUGGUAAAAUCAACGGACGUGGAAUCAGCAUUAUCUUCCCCACUAACAGAGCCCAGGCGUCGAUCCUCCCUCCCUUCUAA